AUGAGAAAAUACCUAACAGCAGCACUUUUGCUUUCUGUAGCGACAAGCACAUUCGUUAGACCUAGAAACGAAAUGGCUGGGAUGGGAAUGGUAGCGCCGGAUGGUGUAGACGAAGACAAAAGUACGAGAUCCGCGCUCAAUUCCUCGAAUUUACAUCCCGUGCCUCACCGUAUUUCCAAUCACCAUGGUGUUCCAAUCUUGCAAAUGCAUCUAAAGCCCGAAGAGAGAUUGUUCUGGGAGGCAUACAACACUACUACCUUCUUGACUGAUGAUUAUUCUAGCAAGUUUAAUCUUUACGUCCAUAUUGCAACAAUUCUUCUCACAACUAUAUUUGUGUACCCAUUAUCAAUGGUAGCGAAAAAUGCUGGAAUGCCGAAAUUCCAUGUGCCACUAUUCUUCUGUCACUGCAUCUUGGUGGCUGUAUCUUUAUUUUCGUUAUCUAUUUAUGGAACCACAGCCCCAACUGACUUAUAUCCGGGAAAUGCUUACAGUAAGAUGUCCUGGAUUUUAGUUUUCGUAACAGCUGCGCACUGCAUAUCUGCAGCAAUUUAUUUUGGUUCCAGCAUAUCCUUAUCUACACACUACCAUAAAGUGUAUGAGGCAGAUGAUGAGUGUUUACCUAUGCAUGUAAUCAGUAGAGAUCAUUCUUCUGGAGAUCUGGAUCGCUCGUCCAGAGACUGGGAGCAUUCAAACACUAUGGGAGCGGAUGACUUGAUGGACGAAAGAGAGACUAAUUUAAGGAAUUUUGGUAUCUUUUCCAAGUUUGCAAACAACUUCAUCAUGCAGGAAACAAUUUCCCGAAUGAGAAUUGCUGCAAAUUAUAUCGGAUUAUCUAAUACGAUAGUCUUCAACUUGUUGCACUGGGGACUGUUUUUCUAUUUCCUAGUGUAUAUCCCAACUGGUGUGGCUACUGUGUUUGUAUUAGGAAAGGGUAAAGCAGUUUUCAAUAUUUUGGCUCAUUUCAUUAAGGGUGGUGUAUUUUUCUCCUUGGGUUUACUAUCACUUGCAAGGUAUUGUGGAGCGUUUAAAGGAAAGGGAUGGGCAUGGAAUUCCGUAUAUUCAAGAUCUUCUUCUAGAAUCAUUUCAAUGGAAAUGGUUGAAAGUGGACUUAUCUUGUUCUAUGGAUGUACCAAUAUCUUUUUGGAGCAUUUGGCAAAUCCAGGCGGUGAAUGGUCAGCCAAAGACCUUCAACACGUAUCCAUUGCGUUUAUAUACAUUGGUGCAGGAUUUUGUGGUGUAAUCACCGAAUUCAAGUUAUCUGUGUGGAGAGUUCAGCAUGGAAUUGAAAAAUUAGUUAAAGCUCAAAAAGAAGAUACUUCAGAUGCAAAACUUGAUGCAACUGAGAUAACUAAUGCAUCGCCAGGAUUUUCCCCAAAUCCAUUCCCUAUCUUUACCAUUUACUGGACGGGAGUUCUAAUGUCAAAACACGCUCAGGCAUCCGAAUUGUCAACGGAAAUUCAUUCACAGUGGGGAAAUUUACUAGUCUACGGGACCGCAUUUAGACUUGCCACCUAUCUAAUUAUGAUAUUUUUACCAAAAUCACUAAAAAAUUUAACAGAGCCAACAAAGCCAAUCACUGAAAUCAUUACAAGUUUUGCAUUGCUCUGUGGAGGACUUAUAUUCAUGGAAUCUUGCGAUCCAAUUAUUUUAGCUUUGGAAUACAAGGGUUUCACUCCAAUGCUCACCCUCAACUUAUCAUUGGGUUUCAUUGCACUAUUAAUGGCAUGGGAAAUGACCCUUUUUGCUUUUAAAGAUUGGUUAGAGGAAAGAAAAGAAAAAUUGGCGAGCUAG